AUGCAGCGACAAUGUCGCAAUGUACAGUGGCGAAGCGUCAUUGUAGCGACGAUGCGUAUCGUAGCAAUGAUGUCCUAUUGGUCUCAUGCGAAAGUUUCUGAUCGACCAUCUCUUUCUCGAUCCACAAUUACUCACAAUUAUAGCUCCCGUGGGCUCCUGAACUUCUUGUUAACACUUGUCGGUCUGGCAAUGGUUGGUUAUGGAAUUUACCUCUUCGUGGAGUACAAAAAUGCAGCAUCUUCUGGUGACAAUGUCCCCAUUGCACCUCCAGGUGGUGAGUUAGUGCAGCUUGGCCGCCCGAUGCUCAUGGCUGUGUCUUUAGCUGAUAGCAUUUUUGAUAAACUCCCCAAAGCUUGGUUCAUAUAUUCUUUUAUCGGCAUUGGUGUAAUACUUUUUGUCAUUUCCUGUUGUGGGUGCAUUGGAACAGCUGCACGAAAUGGAUGCUGCCUGACUUGCGCUCUUGUAUUUUUGUUAGCACUUAUUGUGAGGACUGCCAACAGACCAGCAGAUUAUGAUAGUGAUGAUGAGUAUAUAAGUCGGCCCGGGCAACAGAUCCGGCAGCCUUUGAUCAACAACAGGCCUGCAGUUACCGCCACAGGUGUGCCUGUUACUGGUACCCUCGAUCAUCUUCCAAGUAGGAGUGAUGCUUGGAGCACACGUAUGAGGGAAAAGUAUGGGCUUGAUACUUCAGAAUUCACAUACAAUCCAUCCGAGUCAAACAGGUAUCAGCAAGCUGCCCCACAAUCAUCCGAGGGAAGUAGCCGUUGCACAAUAAUGUGA